AUGGGAAUCUUCCCCCACGCUUCCAAGGUAAGCGAUCAGUAUUAUCAAAAGAGUUCCUCCAAUGGACUUGAAACACCUCUGAUUAACUGCAGAGAAAUUACUCAGGCACAGGAUGACUGGGAUGUGGAAGAAUUUAUCUCAAAAACCUGCAUGGACAGGUUCCUGCAUCAUUCAGCUUUCAAGAUCCUGUUAGCGACCGUUGUAAUUAUCAAUGCGAUCAUCAUUAGUUUUCGAACGGAGCCAACACUUGAAGAUAAAUACUUUGGCUUAUUCAAUGCCAUUGACACGAUUGUGCUGUCUUUUCUCGUCUGUGAGGUCAUCCUCAAUUGGUACUACGGAUUCUGUUUGUACUGGAAGGAUGGCUGGAAUAUCAUCAAUUUUUCUAUUGUAUUGUACCUAAGCAUUGGUUUGGUCAUUCCUGCAUUGGAGAAUGAGACACUUUUUCGAAUGGUCAGAGUCAUGAGGCUGGUACAAGUGUGUAGCUUGGUUGGUGGCUUGGCAAGGAUGAUACAAGUGAUCCUGAAGUCCAUUCCUGACAUGGCAAAUAUCAUGAUCCUACUUUUUGCCAUCAUGCUGGUCUUCUCUGUGUUUGGAGUGACUCUCUUUGGCGCCCUUGUUCCAAAGCAUUUUGGGAACCUGGGAACGGCUCUGUAUUCUCUUUUCAUCUGCAUUACCCUGGAUGGGUGGAUUAGUAUUUAUAAUGACUUUGAAACUGAAGGCCUGGCCUUGGAGAUAGGUGGGGCCCUCUACUUCUUUAUCUUCAUCACCUUUGGGGCCUUCAUCUUUGCAAAUCUGCUGGUGGCUGUGGUGACAACCAACUUGGAGCAAUCUAUGUCUGCGUAUCAAGAGGAGCAGCAGUUGAAAACUAAUUUCUCUUCCCUUGGAAGCUUUGCUGGAUAUGAAGAUGGCACCGAUGAUGACUACACUGCAUCCCAGUCAGAAGCGGUGCACGUAAAGGAAGUACUUCAGGCAACACCCAUGGCCCGUCACCAGGAGUUGCUCAGCCUUGGCACUUUGGCCAACUUGAAUGACACAACUUGUGAAGAUCUCUGCCUUGUCCUGGAAGCAAUUUCAGAGAAUUUAAAGGAAUAUCAGAUAAUCAGGGAUUCACUGGACCAAAUAAUCCAGGAGGUGAGGCACCUCAAAUUCAACAUCGAUCAUGAGCAGGAGAUUGUUCUACGAAACAUCCGUGGGGCAAACAUUUCAGAAACGAUGAUUGCUAACAGUACCAUUUAUGCCAAGACUGGUGAUGUUCUCUCUACGCUGAUGAACCUGGAGAAGUCACACUUACUUGAUGGAGAGUAUCAGAAAGGAGAGGUGAAAUCAGCAGCUAUGAGAGCUUUACGACUGGCCUCGCCUGCAGGAAUUACUCACCGAGAUACCUCACUGCAGCCAAACUUGGUUGAAGAGUCUACGGAUUCUGGCGCGCCCCCUCCCUCUCGAGAUUCUUCAGAUCAAAUCCAGAAGGAUCCAGACAGCACGCAAGUUAGAUUUCGGCCUUUUAGCGAGCCCUGCGAAUGCAGUCCAGAAUUUCCCACUCCGGCCCCUCCUUUGUUCCAAGACCACAAGGCGGCUGCAGGUUCAGCUAGCCCCGCUUCCAAGAAGCGGCAGAGGCAGGACGUGGAUUCCCGCAGGCCGGAGCCGCCCGCUGCCAACCCAACGCCAUCUCCGGUCCCGGCCUGA